AAACACACCGGACCGGUUCUUGGUACCAUGAUGCGCUUGGAAGUCAACGUUGUGCAGGUUGACUCCGAAGCCAGUGAGGUGUUCUUGGUGCCCAUUUCGCAGGGCAUGACAGUUUCUGAGUUGAGAAUGGAGACGCAACGGCGUGUGCAGAAACUCAAAGGGUGGCAGCAAUUUGAAGUGGUAAAGCUGCGACAAGGGUCCAGCAAAGGGGCUCUUUUGGAUGAUGAUUGUGUGCAAGGGCUGCUUGGCCCUGAUGAAGGCGUUUGGGCCAUUUGCUGUUCAUCGUCGGUCGAUGCCCCUGACACGGAGGCUGUGGCAGGUGGCGUGAACACGUGUGAAUCGCACGCGCCCAUUGCGCCGAUUGUGGCUGAUACACCGGUGCAUCCCGAUGGUGAUGGGAAGGUCUUAGUGAAGUAUCAAACGAUUGAGCGUUUGGCCGGAGGGAAGCCCCCGGCGGAAGUGAAAGUAGAUGCAGAGCUUUGUACAUUGGGCUUAGCCAAGCAGAUUGCAGACAUUGAGGGUAUCAUCUAUUCAGCAUGGGAAGAUGGUGUUGAAGAUUGUGCCAUCGCUGUGCCUUUUGGAAGCUGCAAGGGCACUGGCUGUGUUUGCGCCACAGCCAACGGGCAUUUGAAAAUGUGGGGAUAUGAAUCCGCCUUGAAGAUUGAGCCGGCUGCCUUCCUGCAAGAGGAGCAUCCACAGCGAUGGGCCGCUGAUCUGUGCACCGCAGAGAUAUGCUCCAUUUGUUUGACAAGUCUAACAGAAAGCUGUGUGCCAGGGGACAUUGUGGUUGGAAAUCGUCAGUGCUUGCACUUCUUCCACGGCCAGUGCUUGUUGGGCUCGUUUCAAGCUGACGGGAAACAUCAGUGCCCUUUUUGCCGUGGGGAAUGGCAUUACCUUGAAGAUCCAGAGAAGAAGAACAGCACAGCCGAAGCUGGCGAAGCGUUGCUUGUGGUGCUGCAAGCUUCUGGUGAAGCGACCUGUAUCUACACUGACAUCAAGCCUGGUAUCACUGUAAAAGAGUUCAAGUCCAUUGCCGCGAGUCUCACAGGCUCUGACUGUCGAAAUUUGUUGCUACGAAGCCAUGGGGUGACCCAUGAUGAUGAAGCGGCAGUGGUUGAAGUUCUACCUCCCGUUUUUUCGCUUUGUGAGAGGGGCGCGCAUCCUUGGUCAAUGCAAGUGACCUGCCAUGGUCCGGAUGGGGAGCCGCCAGUGAAGCGCAAGAUGAGCAGCAGCGACACCAUUUGGGAUUUGAAACGUUCGCUGCACCGCGAAUGGCGGAUUUUGCCUUCCAAGCUGCGGGUCAAAGAUGAAACAGGUCUCUACCGGUACGAUGCAGUGAUGCUGGGUGAGCUUCAAGACGGUGUUCAGGUGGAAGCAGAGGUGACUGUCUCUGUUUCCGCGGAAAGCUACGUCUUGUUGGAUCUCUGGGUUCCGACGCACCGCUUGGAUACUCCAUCAGAAGACAGAUGUGAAGAUAUGCUGCUUGAGGGUGAGGUGCUUUAUGUCACACAACGAUGUAGUUUUAUGGGCCCCUGCUACAGAAGCCAGCCGACCGGACCUUCGGAGGAUCGCAUAACGCUCUUUGCAGCAGACGAAUCAUGGCAAGUGGUCAACAGGCCUCAAACAGAAGAGGGUUUGAGUUGCUUGCUCUCCAGCCUGUGGGUCCUUUCUGCCCAGCCUGAGUCCACCAAGCAGGCCUUGCUUUCUUCCGCGUGGCGGCUGUUUCCCUUUCCACCGCUGCAACUUGGCCUUGCACUUCUACUGGACGGCCGCGGUCGACAGAUUACAGAGGCCGACAAGGCUGCUGUGGCCCAUGGUUUCUUCCAGAUGCUGAAAGCCAUCGCCCCCAAGGACCAUCCGGAAGGGCAACUCUUCGAACAUGCGAGGAUCCUUCUGUCCUAUCUCCUUCGAUCUUCAGAUGAGGAGAUCAACGCACCCACCCAGGUGGAAAAGACGCUGUUGUGCUGCAUCACGAAUGAGCCGUUGCAGGAGCCAGCCUACUUCUUGGACCAGCCAGAGAUGAUCUUCAACCGAUCCGCUGCGGAACAUGUGAUUUCUCAGCUUCAAGCAGGGAUUGAUAUGGAGACCACUUUCCACCUGGAUGAAGCUUACUGGCGCACUCGCGCAGUACAGGAUUUGCAAGACGCUAUGCACAUGUCCCGCUUGGUGAAGAUCUUCAGCCCAUUAAGCGCAUGUCUGGUCUUGAGUUUCCAGACACCCGAUGGUGACGCAGUUGCACUUUCAGCAAGAUCUUUUCCCACCUGGACGGAGCUGCGAAUCUCUUUCGGCAAGGAGGACACAUCGGGAACAUCAAGUUGCUUGAAGCUGAUAGGCGCGUUGUCAUUGAAGAAUUGUCAUUCACCUCCCAAGUUGACACGGACGAAGGAGGGGCAUGUGGUGGUCUUCACCGGUCAUGGCAAAUCCAGUGGCGCCGGGCAUUGCGUGAUCUUCUCGCCGUUGCAGGGUAGUGAAGCGCACAUGGACUUGGACCAGGUGGCAAAGGACAUGGCUCAUUUGGAUUCGGAGCAUCGGGAUGACCGUGAGCUUCAAGAAGGGGUGAUCAUUUGUCUGGACACCUCCAACUCGAUGUGUCUCAAAUCUUCUUUCCCAACAGACCGGGCGAUUGAAGAGGCCGAAGAAGAAACUUCCAUGUGGGAACUUGGGCCUCCAAGAGAUGAGUCGGAAGAGUUGUUGAACGCAUUGGUGCGCAGAUUUGACCAUCACCCCGGUAUUUACUACUUGCGGCAGUGCAUGGCUGCUGGUGUGGCCGGCCAUGGUCAACCCCAAAUGAUCCUUGAGCAGCUGUGCCAGCUCUUGCGUGGAAGUGGACGAGUCUCAGAGGAACACCUUCACAUGAUCGUGAAACAUUCUGGGGACUUCCUGGCGGUGCUGCAGCCACGAGACGGUCAAGUUCCGCAUGAGUUCUGCUGCCCAAUUACGCAAAGCCUCAUGCUUGAUGCUGUGUGCGCUUCUGACGGCUUCACCUACGAGCGCCACGCGAUCGAAGAAUGGCUCAGCAGAUCGCAGAAGUCACCCAUGACCCGGCAGAAUUUGACCAGGACGCUGGUGGAAAACCACGCCCUGCGCACGCAGAUCCGAGAGUACAGGGACCGCCGCCAGAUGGUAGGUGAUGGGGAAAUUCGCCAAACCAAGCCGGAAGGAGAUGUUCAUGUGGACUGCUGGCUGCCACGAUCUUCCAGUCAGUGGCGCCUCCGGAUCAAGGUCACUGAAAGGACAACAGGUAUGGAUUUGAAAAGAAGCAUUUGCGAACAAACAGAGCAGCCAAUGCACUUGCUGAGAUUGUUUCAUGGUGAUCACUUGCUGCCGGACCGUGUGCCGUUGACUUCUCUGGGGAUUACCGAUGGAUCGCCAAUCACGGUGGCUCUGACAUCUCCGCCUUUUCGGUUAGGAAAGCAUGUCAAAGUCGUCAUAGACGGUUCCUUCGUAUGUACGGUGGCUGCUUGGGAGGUGGUCAUUGCAUUGAAGUGCCGCUACUGGGCCUAUCUGUCACAACGUGAGCGGCUGGCUUUGCCACUGGGUGUCUUGGCCUUGGGCA